AUGCUCUUCACAUCUAACACAUUUCUACUACUGUUAACUUUGGUGAAUGUGGUACUAGCUCAGACCAUCACAUCCGACACAAUCUGGUCUGGAGGGGGAGGGGAUUCUUCCUCCUUUGAAAUUGAUUUUAAUGCCACACUCCAUGUCACGCCAGGGGUGUAUUUAGGUAUAUCUUGUUUUGAUGAAAUUGGAUUGGUAGACUUGGGCGCAAACGUUACCAUCGAAGGCUCUCUGUAUAUCGAUAGCAGUAAUUCGAUGUAUUUUUACUAUGUUGGGAUCGAUCACAAUAGUAAAUUGACAGCCCCGGUUACAAUAAACAAUACAGGUGUGAUCGUUAUGGAGGACCCUACUAGGUAUUCGGGCGUUGGUAUGGUUUUUUAUGGUGACUCAUCACUGAUUAAUACAGGGAAAAUAUUCAUUAAGGAACAGUAUGGCUGGGGGCAACCAUGGUCCCUUGGUGGAUUUACCAAUAAGGGAUUAAUAGUCUUUGACAAUAUUGGUGGGAGAAGUAACGACCCGUUGAGCCUGCCAUCAACAGACGAUUUUGAUAACCCCAACGUACUUAUUGCGUCAUCGACAAGUCCUGAAUCCGGAAUUAAUGACGGUACAUUAUAUGUUACUAAUUCAGUUCUGGAAUGGGAUUAUAUAUAUGGUUCUGGUUGUAUUAUGCUUGGUUCUGGUGGAAUUAUUAAAAUUUCAAUGAGCUCUUCAUCGGAUUCACUUUUUCACAACCAAACUGUUUAUCUGGAGGACGAUUCUUCUGCAUUUGUAUUGUAUUAUGCAAAUGAUGAAGCCUCCUUUCCUCCACUUACUGUUGCCGGAUUUGGUAGCGGAGAAUAUUUGGGUUGCGGAUCUAUCAUAAGUAAUUAUUCAUAUGACGAUACUACAGGUAUCUUAAGCGUUACAGCAGGUUCCUAUGAAUCAGAUUCUACUGGUGGCGUAAAUACGGGGUUCAAUAUUGGACCGGGGUAUGAUUCAGCUCUAUUUAGCAUCUUUCAACAAAAUUUUACUGAAAAUAGCCCAACUGGUGAAGAGAUGGUGUUUGAUUGGAUACAAUAUGACGGUGCUCCUCCAAAUCCGUCAAGACCAUUAGUAUGUGCAGCUUAUGAGGAACCUCCGAUGUUACCUUAUGAUUCUACUCCAUACUGUGCACAAGGAGUAACAACAACAGUAACACUUGUUUCGUCAUCUUCUUCGGCGUUUUCAUCCUUGGGCUCUUCAUCUCCUGAAUCUUCAUCAGGGAGUGAAAUCGUGCCUUCUGGACAGACCAGCUACUCACCUUCCUCCUCAGAGUGGCCAUCAACUUCCUCCUCAGAGUGGCCAUCAACUUCUUCCAUUUCAGACUCCUCUGGAAUACUGUCACCUUCUGUUAGCACUUACUCAGUUACUGAUUCUUCAAGAACCAGUACAUUUCUGUCCUCUGUUUUUGAGAGCUCUACCAUAAACAGUACGUCAUCCCUGGAGUUUACAUCAGAGAGCAACCUUGAAUCGCUAAGCUAUACGUCGUCUACGACAAUUUCUUCCCUAGAGACUUCAUUUGUUUCCAGUAGUGCCGAGGCAGAUUCUAGAAGUAUAUCAUCUGAGUACACUAAAUCUGUUUCCAGUAGCAACACCUCAGUUUCGACCCUCAGUGUAACAACCUCAGGAAGCAAUAUUGAUUCCGUUAGCACUGCCCAUACAUUGGGUACAGAUUCUGUGACGACAUCUACCAAUAGUAUCCGAACAACAAGUUACACAACUGGCUCUUACACUUCUGAGUAUGGCAUCACCAGUUCAUUGGUUCCAAAAACAAUGGUGGAAGAAAGUGAUUUACAUUCAAUUACUACUCAAAACGGAGAGAAACGCUCUAAAAACGAUUUUUCAACCAGUACAAAAUUUAAAACUGAGUAUAAGACGUCUACUAUCGUAGUAUGUGAAUAUACAAUAAUGAGUACCAAUGACAGGACCAGUGGUAUUACAGUCAUUACUAAGACAUUCGAUAUUUCCAGUAUCCCGACAGGUCUAUAUGGUAGCUCCUCCACUUCUACUGUUACUGUGACGACAGUAAGUAAAAUUAUAGAGUACCCCUCACUAGUGGUUGAUUCCGAUGGGGAUAUUUUUACAUCUGUUGUGACUGCAACAGGAGUAUCUGUUAACCAUGAUGGUAGCGUUUCAACUGACAAUACUGAUAUGAGCACUCAAGGUAGUGUUACCGAUGUAUCUAGUAGCAUUGUAGGAAUUUCAAGCCAGGCAUUUACUAUGUAUGGUGUUUCGAGCGACAAUGGCGCUGCUUUGAGGCAUACAACAGAACUAGGGUUCUUUGGAAUGAUUUACGUCAUACUUUUUGUUUAA